AUGGCUAAUGAUAUAACAGAUUUAGUUCCUUCUAAGAAUGAUAGUUUUACUUUUAAUAUAGGAUAUAAACAUAUAGAAUCUGGAAAAGGAAAAGCAGAUGAAUUAAGAAAUCUAGUUUAAAAUUCAAUGAAUGGAAUUAUUAGUUUUAAUUCAACUGGAUAUAAAUAUUUUAUUACAGAAUAACCAAGACCAUAUGAAGUUGUAAUAUUUUUUACUGCUCCAAAUUGUAAUUUUUGUGAUUAAUUAAUUAGCGAAUAUGUAAAUGCCGCAUAAAUUUAUUACGAAAAUAAUGCCCACUAUCCUUACUAAGAAGAUAAUAAAAAAUUAAGAGCUGUUUUUUUCGGAAUCAUGUCUUUCCAAGAAUCCGUAAAGGAUGUUUUUAUUGAUCUUGAAUUUAAAUCUGUUCCAAAUAUACUUGUUUCGAUACCAAAGCAUGCGGUUUAUUCUGAAGAAGAAAAAGGUAAUUUUUUGAAAAUAUAUAAAUGGCAAAUUAGUGGAUCAGAUGGUCAUGUAACUAUGCAUAAACUUUUAGAAUACAUAAAUAAUCGUACAGGAAGAAAUGUUGAAUAUAAAGUCACUAAUAUUAAUAUUAUUAUAGGAUUAACUAUUUUUGUUUGUUUAAUGAUUUUAACUAUUAUUGUAUUUAAAACAUUCAAAAGCUUCUUUUUAAAUACAAAAAUGUGGUUUAUUGUAUCUUGUGUAAUUUAUUUUUUCUGUAUUGCAGGAUUUAUAUAUAAUAUAAUUCAUAAUGUUCCAUUAACUUAAAUUGAUUAAAAAGGAUAAUUUUAAUGGAUAAUGGAUAAUUAAAGAAUGUAAUUAGGUGCAGAAGGAUUUGUAGCUUCAGGAUCAAUUUUAUUCGCAGCAUUGACAAUAAUUUUUUGGCACUAUAUUUCGAAGCUAAAUUUUGAUACUAAUACUGUUAAAAUGUGUUAUAUUUCAGUUUUUGGAUUAACUUUUUUAUUGGUUCUUGUUGUUGAAGAUAUUUAUAAAAAAAAAGGAUGCCAAUUAACACAUAAAAUAUUACAUAUGUAUAGUGAAGGCCCAAAUAACGCUAGAAUUUCAAUAGCUAUAACUCGCUAAUUAAAUUAAUUAAAAUAAAAAUCUCCAGAUGGAAUACAUAUAAUAAUAAAUGAUACUGAUAUAUUUGAUAUAUAAGCAGAUGUUAAAGGACCAGUUGGAACUCCUUAUGAAAAUGGAACUUUUAGAUGUAAAUUAAUUUUACCUUAAGAUUUUCCUUUAAGUUCUCCAAAAGGAUUUUUCCAUACAAAAAUUUUCCAUCCAAAUAUAUCUGAUAAAGGUGAAAUAUGUGUAAAUACAUUAAAAAAAGACUGGAAUCCUCAAAACUGGUCUUUCUAUAAUAUAUUUGAAGUAAUUAAAUGUUUAUUGGUAAUUCCUUUUCCCGAAAGUGCUUUAAAUGAGGAAGCUGCGAAAUAAUUUAUGGAAAACUAUGAUGAAUAUUUUAAAUAUGCAAAACUAAUGACUUAGUUAUAUGGGAAGCCGAGAUUAAAUAAUGAAGAUAACUAUGAAUAAAAUAAUAAAAAUGAAUAAAAAUAAAAGCAAAAUAUAAAAAAUUAUAGUUAAGAAGAUAAAUAAAAUAAUGAAAGAAGGAAAUGGUUAAAUAGGAUUUGA